GGGAUGUGUAAUGAGUGGCUUUUCGUCGAGCGAUGGCCCGGUUUUGGGUAGUUCAGCAGCUCGCCUACUUUUCGCCAGCGUUUCCCUGUACAUAAGACAUCUCGCGAACCUAGUUACGUGGGGCCGGGCUCCCGGCGGCGGCGGAUCGAUCGCGCCCGGGGUAGAUCUGGUUUUUUCGGACACUAUACCAGCGGAGGGUGAACGAACCGCGUUAUGUAAGCCGCGGUCGAUAGCGGGCGGCAUGCGCGCGGCGCGCGGCACUACCCCUCAAUACCGUUCGCGCGCGCUACCCUAACGGACGUGCACUUUUGUUUUAUCGCGUUUUUUCGUUCCUCUUUCGUUCUUUCCGUUUAUGAUUUAAGCCGCCACCAUGUCGAAGGGCGAUGGUGAACAGCAAAACGGUGGCGGUGAGGAGUCUAAGACGAACCUGAUUAUCAACUACCUGCCGCAGAGCAUGACGCAAGAGGAAAUUCGUAGCCUGUUCUCGAGUAUCGGUGAGGUGGAAUCGUGCAAGUUGAUCCGGAACAAGGGAGCGGCGUUCCCGGACGCGCUCAACCACGCGCUGCACGGAGGCGGCCAGAGCCUCGGCUACGCGUUCGUCAACUACCACCGGCCCGAGGAUGCGGAGAAGGCGAUCGCCACGCUCAACGGGCUGCGGCUGCAGAACAAGACCAUCAAGGUGUCGUACGCGCGGCCCAGCAGCGAGGCCAUCAAAGGCGCGAACCUAUACGUCUCCGGCCUGCCCAAGACUAUGACGCAGGCGGAGCUGGAGAGACUGUUCAGCCCCUACGGCAGAAUCAUUACGUCGCGGAUCUUGUGCGAGAACUCCGGCGGGCGGCCGUUCACUGGCGGUGAGCAGGGCCUGUCCAAAGGCGUCGGCUUCAUUCGCUUCGACCAGCGCGUGGAGGCCGAGCGCGCCAUCCAGGAGCUGAACGGCACGGUGCCCAAGGGCGCCACCGAGCCCAUCACCGUGAAGUUCGCCAACAACCCGAGCAACAACGGCAAGGCGCUGGCGCCGCUGGCGGCGUACCUGCCGGCCGCGCUGCGCUUCCCCGCGCCGCUGGGCCGGUUCAGCUCAGGCAAGUCCCUCCUAGCCAUCAACAAGGGCCUGCAGCGCUACAGCCCGCUGGCGGGCGAGCUGCUGGGCGGCGUGCUGCCGGGGGCCGUGGGCUCCGAGUGGUGCAUCUUCGUGUACAACCUGGCGCCCGAGACCGAGGAGAACGUGCUGUGGCAGCUGUUCGGGCCCUUCGGCGCCGUGCAGAGCGUCAAGGUGAUCCGCGACCUGCAGACCAACAAGUGCAAGGGCUACGGGUUCAUCACCAUGACCAACUACGACGAGGCCGUGGUCGCCAUCCAGUCGCUCAACGGGUACACACUCGGGAACCGAGUGCUGCAGGUCAGCUUCAAGACUAAUAAGAUCAAGACCAUCUAAGGGCAUCGCCCCAGAUUUGGCCUAGCCGGACGCUAGGACGGCACAGCAGGCGCGCACCCAUACAUACACAUACAUAGACUCAGGCCGUACCUCUCCUGUGCCGAGUCCGCACGCAACUCGUCCCAAUACUUUGUGUGCGGACGCUACGUGGACCCAGGCCUGUCACCUUUUCUGUGAAAAUAUAGUAUUUUGUCGUGUCAUAUAACAUAUGUAAAAAUAUUACGUUUUCACCGUGUUUAAGCAAAAGUGACGGACGGCGAACUUUUACGGUGUCGAUUUAAAUGCCAAAUACUUGAUAAGCAAGUCUAAAAUGUAAUACUAGACUUAGGUGACACCCCUCACUGGACCUGACUUAUAUCGAGUGUGUCUUCCGGAAGCAGCCGCCGGCCUCGCGCCGGCCGGCGUUUUUAUAAUUGUAAAACUAGAGACAAGUAUUGUGUGGUAACCCUUUGUUCGCCGCUACGUAUAGUCGACCGCCAAAAUUGGGUUAAGUGUUAAGGAAAUCAAAAUGGCCGCGAGGCGGGCGCGCUCUGCGCAGGUCCGGAUAAGAUGGCGCGUGAAUGAAGGGUGGCCACAGCCCGCAAUAAUAUGAUAAGCACGCUUCACAUGAAAUGUGGAACAUCUGGCCAGAACUUUGAAACAUACAUAUUGGUAAUAGUCAAUAACAAAAUAAUGAUAUUAAACUUCGCUUAUGAACGGUUGUGGUUAUCGAGAAAAUAGUUUUCGAGUAUAAAGUAAUAUUAGCAAUAAUAGCCUAAAUGCUACGCUCCAAUUUUUUAUGCGAUCAUAUCGUAAUAAUUACAUUAACGUACGUAUUAAUACGAAGUAAGGCCGGUGACGACGACCGACGCGUGAACAAACUUACAUGACUACGUCGCCGCAGCGGCUCUCGCUAGACCGGCGGCGGCCGUGCGACAGGCCCGCUAAUCGAAGUAAAAUAGUGUUAUAUUGUUAAAGAUUCGAAAGAAAAUAUAUAUUAUCUAUACGUAUAUUUUAAUCAUAUAUUAAAAUUAAGGAUGAAAAAAAACUAAUCAAAAACUGUGAUAGGUUUUGAUAAAAUUUUAAAGAUCAAGUGAUGGUUGGCGUCGACUGUUCGGGGUCCGGUGGCCUGUCAGUAGUUAGUAUUAGAAAAAUUUUUGAGAUACAUUUUCGAUUGUGGUAUUACGCUUAACACGACGGGCGAUGCCAAGUCGGUUCGGAGGUGACGGAUGGUAGCUCGGCGAGCCGGCGAAAAUCGAUCGAGCUCGGGCCGGGAGCGCACACACGCGGCGGCGAGGGCCGCGGC